UUGUGAAAACAUGGGCAACUUGAGGUUUUACCUUAAACUUAUAGUUUCAACAUUUCUUCUUUUCGUUCUCUUGCCGGAAGUUGUUCAUGGCAGCAAAAAGUGCUAUAUUGUAUACUUGGGAGCACAUACUCAUGGUCCAAGCCCCACUUCAGUAGACUUUGAAGCUGCCACAUAUUCUCAUUACGAUUUGCUAUCUUCAGUUCUCGAAAGCCAUGAGAAAGCCAAAGAAGCCAUGGUAUACUCGUAUAAUAAGCACAUCAAUGGCUUUGCAGCGAUGCUUGAGAAGGAAGAAGCAGCACAUAUUGCAAAAAACCCGAGUGUGGUGUCUGUGUUCUUGAGCAAAGAGCACAAAUUGCAUACGACCCGGUCGUGGGAAUUUCUCGGACUAAACAGAAAUGGAGGGAACUCAGCAUGGCAAAAGGGAAGAUUCGGUGAAAAUACAAUCAUUGCUAACAUUGACACAGGAGUUUGGCCGGAAUCGAGGAGUUUCAGUGACAAGGGAUAUGGCCCCGUUCCACCAAAAUGGCGUGGAGAAAAUGUGUGUGAGAUAAGCAAAGUUGCCGGUUCCCGAAAAAAUGUUUGCAACAGGAAGCUAAUUGGAGCAAGAUUCUUUGCCGAUGGUUUUGAGGCGUAUAACGGCAAGCUUAACUCAAAGCUACGUACAGCACGUGACUUUGUAGGGCACGGUACCCACACACUAGCAAUUGCAGGUGGGAAUUUUGUUUCAGGGGCACAUGUAUUUGCGGUUGGGAAUGGAACUGCAAAGGGAGGAUCUCCAAGAGCCAGAGUUGCAGUAUACAAAGUGUGUUGGUCUCUAACUGAUUCCGCCGAUUGCUAUGGUGCGGACGUUUUGGCGGCAAUAGACCAAGCCAUAAGUGAUGGUGUUGAUAUCAUCUCCCUCUCUCUUGCUGGCGGCCAGCAUGUAGUCCACCCUGACGAUAUAUUCUCCGAUGUGGUAUCCAUAGGGGCUUUCCAUGCCACCGCUAUCACAGUUGCUGCUAGCACCAUCGAUAGGGACUUUAGCAGUACCGUUACUUUCUCUGACAACCGACAAGUCACGGGAGGCAGUCUUUUCAUAGACUUGCCGCCAAACCAGGCCUUCCGUCUGUUACUCUCUACUGAUGGUAAACUCGCCAAUGCGUCCGUUACAGAUGCCCAAUUUUGUAGACGAGGAACACUUGAUCCAGCAAAAGUGAGGGGCAAAAUAGUAGAAUGCUAUAGAGAAAAUAGCAUAAAAUCAGUGUCUGAGGGUGAGGAAGCUCUAAGAGCUGGUGCAAAGGGAAUCAUCGUGCGCAACCAAAAGAAACAGGGGAAUACCGUUCUUGCUGAGCCCCAGGUUUUCUCAGGUGUGAACACCGAAAGUGGAGAAGAAGGUGGAUCUCCAGAUGCAAGACAUGUCAUAACUGCCACGGUUCCCGUAACGCCUACUACCAGCACAAUAAGACUGUCUCCGGCUAAAACAGUCUUUGGAAGAAAGCCAGCUCCAGUUAUGGCUGCGUUCUCCUCAAGAGGGCCCAAUGAAAUUCAGCCAUCCAUACUUAAGCCUGAUGUGACUGCACCUGGAGUGAGCAUACUGGCUGCCUAUUCUCUAUUUGCAAGUGUAUCUAACUUAUUGACAGACAAUCGUCGGGGAUUUCCAUUCAAUGUAAUGCAAGGAACUUCUAUGUCUUGCCCCCAUGUUGCUGGUAUUGCUGGACUUCUCAAAACUCGUCAUCCAAAUUGGACUCCUGCAGCUAUUAAAUCAGCAAUUAUGACUACUGCAACCACACGGGACAACACUGACAAGCCGAUUCGAGAUGCAUUUGAUGAGAAGCUAGCAACACCCUUUGCUUAUGGUUCUGGACAUGUUCAACCCAAUCUUGCAAUAGAGCCAGGACUUGUUUACGAUCUACACCUCAAUGAUUAUCUGAACUUCUUAUGUGCAUCUGGAUACGAUCAACAACUCAUUUCAGCACUAAAUUUCGACAGAACAUUCACUUGUAAAGGAACUCACAGCAUAAAUGAUUUGAACUACCCUUCAAUCACGUUGCCAAAUUUAAGGUUGAGUCCAAUAACAGUUACUCGUACACUCACCAACGUAGGUCCCCCGGGCACAUAUAAUGCAACUGCCAAACUGGAUGGAUGCGAAAUUACUGUUGUGCCCAAUUCCCUCACUUUCACUAAAUUAAAUGAACAGAAGACAUUCCAAGUUACUCUACAGGCAUCGAGUGUAAUUCAUCAAAAUAAUUAUCAGUUCGGAGAAUUGAUGUGGACAGAUGGAAAACACACAGUUAGGAGUCCUAUUGUAGUCCAACGCCGCAACUGAAGUUAAAUAUAUAUCUUCUUUUCAAGUAGCUAGCUAGCUAGCAUGUGUAAAAUAUUCGAAACAACGUCGUUGCGGUUUCAUGCUAUUUACCAUGGUGUUGUGUGCUAUGUAAUAAUUUAUGGGUGGGACCAUGCGGAAUUGCGGUCCUGUAUGUACCUGAUGUAUCUGCUGUGCAGCCUUGUACUAUUAUCUCAAAAUUUUCGGUCUAAAAAGUUCAAAUUGAUUGUUAGUCUU